AUGGCAUCGUCUUCCGCCCAUUCUCCAGCCCAAUUCUCACCAGAUGAAACGUCGACAGAGGCCGCAGAUCGACUCACGAUACCACAGGCGUCCAGUGGAAGUUCUCCAGCUGGACCUGGGCGUGAGCCGCAAGACCAACCUGCCAAUAGAUGCGACUGCAACGGCCUUGGGGAGACGUUGUGCAGUCAGAUCACCUACCGCCACGUCCUGCGCGAGGGCAAGUUUGAUCUUGCACAGAGAGAUCUCGAGAGGGAAUGGAAAUUUGCGGUGGCUGUGUUGCUGCCAUUGCUAGCGAUCGAGAUCACGAUCUUUGGCUUUGGAUCGCCCACUUUCUUCUCCAUGGAUGGGAUGUCGAAGAAGUUCAUCGCCGUGGCAGGGCUGGUAACCGUACUCGGACUGCUUCACGUCGUUCAGCUUGUCUAUUGGUACGCAGGCGUGGAUGUCAGAGUAUUCGAGAAACGCGCUCUGGAUUGCUGGUCUACCCACAACUCAUUCGCCAUCAACUCCCGCUUGCCUCUCUUAUCAGUCAUCAUCUCAAUCCUCAUGACAUCCGCCUACGUGCUGGCCGUCAUUCGAGGAGAACUUGGCGACGGCGUCUGGAUAACCUGUGGCGUAUCUGUGUCACUCGUCAAUCUGCAAUGGUUCCUCAAGGGUUGCGAACUUUCUGUAAGGGCGUUCCUGGAUGCCGCACAACAACACUAUUAUGGCAGACGUGGAAGCAACAGAUACAGUGUCGCCUUUCUUGGUGUACGGGUCAUGGCAUUGGUCAUCACAACAAUGUCAAGAAUGAAGCUACGCACUUUAGACGACGACGGUAUAGAGCACACGGAUUAUAUCUCCUUUUUCGGGCGAUGGGUGAACGCCGUCAGUACAGCAAUUCUCUGCGCAUUCUUCGCGUACAAGCAUUACAGGCUGGGAAGAGAUAGCGAAGCCCUUGCGGGCUAUCUUGAGACACGUCCCGACGCGGCCAGAUCCCACAGCACUUUGUACGCUGUGACGGAUCUUGUCAUGAUGAGUCUCGCCCUGUUCGCGGACGGCCUCUCUAUGCUUUAUGACGGCCGACUCCCCGAGCCCUAUCUGGUGGCUCAUGCAGUACAAGUCGUCUCGAUCGUCGUGGUGGAAGUUUGGGGGAGGGUGUAUGAACGCCGGAGAGCCCUUGUAUCGGUCGGCUCUCCAGGAUUUGGUACGAUCCCUCGUGACGCCUAA